AUGGGCACCUCUCUAUGGUUGGAGUUUAUUGAUAUUGUGUUAUACACAAACGUAUCUCGAUCACAUCACCUGCAGAUCUCCACAGAAUAUUUUAUCGAUCAACAAAAAUAUUUCUAUUUAUUGUUUUUCCAUAUAAAUAUAUCUUUUACUAUAGGGAACAUAGUAAUACUCGGAACAGGGACAUUGCUCAUAGCAUAUCUUCAAUAUGUCUGCGGAAUGUUUAAGAUUGCUAGUUAUCGCAUCAAGAGAGCCAUACAUAUUUAUUCAUUAAAAGAUAUUAGUAGGCAGAAAGAGAUUUUGGUUUAUAAAGGUCUAAUUUAUGCCAUAGAUAUUCACAGAAAAUCUAUGACAUUCUCCAGGUAUUUUAUAUCCAGAUUUCAAAUCUCAUUCAUGUUUUUAAUAGCAGUUGGAGUUCUUACUAUGAGUCUAAAUAUUUUUCGAGUACGUCUCAUCUUUUACAAAUCCAUAUUAAUGAAUUGCAUAUUAUUUCGUUACGUUGCUUUGAUUAAUAAUCUUAAUGUCUUUUUCUAA